AUGGCGCUGGGCGACCCGGCCGACAUCUCGAUCACGCCGUCGACGUGGAACUACGUGGGCGCCGUGGCCAUCGUCGUCGCUGCAUGGUUCUUCCGCGUCGAGAUGAUCCGCGUGACGCUGCGGCUCCUCAUGCGCGGCCUCGCGGCGCAGCAGCGGACCCGGAGCAUCGCCGGCGGCCUCCGCGAGUUUGAAAAGCUCGUCUUGCACCCGCUCUCGUACGUGGUCUUCAUGGUCUUUGUGUGGAUCGCGCUCUCGAUCACAAGCGCGCUCCAGCUCCCGACCAUCAACACGAUCGUGCAGAUUGGCAUUGGCAUCCCGAUGCUCUGGACCGCGCGGCAGCUCUGCAAGUUUCUCCACGUCAUGGUCUUGCGGCGCCAGGGCUGGGACGGCCACGACGACGACGCGGGCAAGGUCAUGAUCGUCACCGAAGGCAUUGGCGUGCUGCAAUACGUGCUCUGCGCCGUCGUCUUCUACUACUUCUUCCUCAGCCAGCUCCAAUUCGACACGGUCGAGAUCUUUACAACGCUCAUUUUGGUGCUGGAACUGCUCUUCCUCCUCAGCUCCCACACGUGGUUUCGGAAUGUCAUGGGCGGUCUCAUCCUCCUCAUUGACGAACCCAUCAAGAGCGGCAGCCACAUCAAAGUGCUCGAGAUCGAAGGCGUCGUCGAGCACAUGUACCUGCAGUUCUUUACCGUCCGGCAGUACGACCAAGGCCUUGCGAUCGUGCCCAAUGGCAUCCUCCUCACCCACGAGGUCCACGUGCGCUCGAAGUCGCUCGACGCGCGCAUCGUUCUCGACGUCCACCUCGCCCACGAGACACCCCCGGCGCAGGUCCGCGCCUUUGUCCGCAACGCCGACCGCUUCCUCAGUCAGCACGCGCUCGCGUCGACGUCGUCCGCGGCGAAGGCGCACGAACAACACAUCACGGCGGCCAAGCUCUCGCUCACGCACGUGCUGCAGCGCGCGGUCAAGGAAAAGACGCCCAGCAGUGCCACGCGUCCGAGCCAACCGGUGCGGUUUUGGGUCACGCUGGACGGUCUCUACCGCAUCCAACUCGUCUACUACGUUCACGAGAACAAAUUCAAGCACCUCCUUGUCGAGAAACGCGAGUUGAUGCUCGGGCUCACGAGCUUGCUCGCGACGAUGGGCCUGUCGCUCUACGAGCCGCCGCCACCGUCCUUGCCCAAGGCGCCGCCGUCCACGCCACCACGGCUGGCCCCCAUCGCCGAGGCGUUCACAGAUGACGACGACGACGGCAAUAGCGUCGGUCGGCACGCGUGCGACGACGACAUGGAUGACGCGCAGCACGUGUCGGUGCCCUACCGACGUCGGCGCGGCCAAUACGACACAAUGUAG